AUUUCUAAAACAUAUUCCGAUCCCGAGGGACGGUUUAUAAUAUGUGAUGUGACUGUAAAUGGGAAACAAUUAACGCUGACAAAUAUUUACGCUCCAAACAACGAUGAUUCAAAUUUUUUCACCUCGGUUUUUAGUCAUUUGGCUGAUUUCAAGUGCGACGAGAUCAUAAUAGGUGGCGAUUUUAAUUUAGUUUUAGAUGUCGAAAAAGAUAAAAAGGGUGGCCUUUCAAGAACUCAUAAAAGAUCAUUGGAAGUUAUCAAUAGCCCUGGGUGGGGAGGGGGGGGGGGCACUUGGGUAUUUUUUGGGUGGGUAUGUGUCGCCCGGGACUCCAGAUUGGCACCCCGUUCUAAAAAGAAAUUCCCCUAAACUUGAUACCCCAUUCUAGAAACGGGCCAAUUUUUUAUACCACGUUCUAGAAUUCGCCCUAAAACUGAUACCCCGUUCUAAAAAUGGGCCAAUUUUUUAUACUCUGUUCUAGGGUGCAACAAGAGUAUAGCAGUUUGCUUCAGUAACGCAUUGAGCCGUCUUUUUAAAAGCAAUCUGUCCUUGAAUAAUUUCAAAUGGCUGCUUACAAAACUGGAGCUUUCAUGCGUUCGAAAUAUUAUACCCCGUUCUAGAAAACGCCUCUGAAAUGGAUACCCCUUUCUAAACCAGGAGCUUUAAAAUCACGACCCCGUUGGGCGGCACAUACCCGUAUAGGUAAUGUAUAGGAGUACCCCCGCGGGUCAAUAGCGCCUCUGAAAGCUUAGAUCUGAUCGACGCCUGGAGAGUUUUAAGAGCGAAUGCACAGAAAAAUCGAGCAAAAUCGGCAAAUCGUGGCCACAGCGCAAAACCUAACCUACCCUCAUUUUAAGUCUGUAAUAAGGUUUUAAUGAAUUUAUAACACUGCUGAGGUUUAAAUUUCAAAAUGCGGCCGAAUUUGGGAAUUAUUUGAGAUUUUCGAUUUCAACGGUCUGUGGGCCUAAAAUUAGCCGCCGAACACGGCAAUAUAGCCUAGCGACAGAAAUGAGCUGACUUUCAUAAACGAGCGAAUAUAUUGGCAAUCUUCCACUUAAAUCUCAAAAAACAGAUAUCUAACAAUUUCUAAACAGCACAUUUUUUAGAUUUAGAGAAUAAAAUAUCGACGAACGAGCACAAUUUUGAAACGUAAUUUGCAUAAUAAUUAUAAAUACAACAAUUUACCGCUAAAACCAAACUCAAAUUUUCUAUAUGGGGGAAUUCUCUAAAUCACCCCAAAUCCCGCUUACUACCCAAUGAGAUAUAGUACUUCAACAUUAUCUGAAAGUUAGUCUGGUGUUCUUGCGAACGCUUGUAAAAUAGAUUGAUUAUUUUGAGGUUAUUUCGCCCCAAACAACUGCUAAUUGACCCCAGGGUCAAUUGACACGUGCAUGUCACCUUAGUUUUAUGCAUCGAUUUGAGCUCGUUAAAAGGGAGAAACUAACAAGAUUCUUUUAAUAUGUACCUGUUUUAAUGAAAUACACAUAAUCUUCAAAAGGAGAGGCCGUUCAAUGGGUAAUUUCUGUUCUUGAGAUCUUGUAGAUUGCAGCAUGGCGUCUGCGAGUAGACCUGAGUCUAGGUCUGUUUUCCCGUGACUGCGAAAUCAGAAUAACAUCAAGAAAUAAUUCUCCCUCGAAUCUUCGUAAGUGAAUCAGCUUUGCAGUGCCUUACCUGAGAUAAAAAAGUGGGCCGAAUAGCAAAACAUUUCUCGCGCAAUUUGGAUCCUUUGUGGAACGCAGUGUAUUGCUGAGCGAAAGGUGAGUAAACAAACGUGGGAAAGUACGUUACCUUUCAUUGCGUGACCAGCCAGUAAACGAUAGUCUCCAGCGAAAAAUAGGAUUCGCAAAAAUCUUGCUGAUGUAUAUUUAACAGUUUGUUACUAUAAAUUUACACCUGGUUUGUCGCCUUUCUUUCCCCAGCCCCCGCAGGUUUUUCGCAUUACUUUUUACUGCACAACUGAUUCUACCUUUUCGAGCCGGAGCGAACAUGGACGCCCUUGGGGUUAAGUUUCCACUUCAUUUUCGGCACCUGACUAAACGCAAGCGCUGACUUGUGCGCCUAUGCUUCGUUUGCACUGAAGUAGCGGUAUAUGACCACGACAGACUUGCUGCUAUCCUUGGUUUGAAACCGCAAAGGGCAAGAAAAAUUUCUUGAAAAGAGUAAACUGUUUCCUCCUUAGCAGACAUGGAGAACAACUACUAGGACUUAAGCAAUGCCAUUGCUUAGGUCCUACUAGACUUGAAAAGAGAAAGCAUGAUGCUUUCUCUUUUUAAUUAUUUACGGCUAGACAGGACAAUUUCCUGUAGCUUUUACGCAAAAUUAAAUACUUAGUUGUUAGCAGAAUUGCAUUUAACAACGAAUUACAGAAAUUUAACUAAGUUUAGAUCUCAUAGAUAAGAAUUGAACGGACAAAACUUUUGGGGUAAAAAAGCCAAAAAAUAAUGUUUGCUGGAAAAUCGCUUAAUGAACAUACAAUAGCAGAGAUAUCAUGCCUGUAAUUUUCUGUUCAAUGCACCUUAUGACAAGUCUGACUAAUCCAGUGGUAACCCAUGCCUUAAAACCGCCUUGAACCUUAAAAUUUAAUCCAUUUGCCUUUCAUGCGUAGUGCAAAUAUAUCUUCUGAACACUCCGGGGUUGGGGGUAAAAUCAGAAGAACAGAACAUUCAUGCCUCAGUUACUGUACCAUUUUUAAAAGUGGGACAGUAUGUUUGCUAAUCAUCUUAGUUAACCGCUUUUAAAAUAGGACAAACGGACACCUGGUCAUACAGGAAAAUGAAUUUACUGUAUCUCGGAAAGCUUUGGUUUCCCGUGCACUUAUUUUUCGCAGGAGACAAUCGAUAAUUGCCUGGUCACGCAAUCAGAGGUGAGUAACUAAUUAAAAGUCAUUGAUACCAUCGCCGCUUAGCAAACAAAGGAUCCAAAUUGCGCUACAGUGUUUUCCUAUUCGGCCCACUUUUUAUCUCAGGUAAGGCACUGCAAAGCUGAUUCAUUUACGAAGGUUCGAGCGAGAAUUUUUUCAUGAUGUUGUUCUGAUUUCGCAGUCACGGGAAAACAAACCUAGACUCAGGUCCACUCGCAGACGCCAUGGUACAAUCUUCAGGAUCUCAAGAACAGAAAUUACCCAUUGAACGGCCUCUCCUUUUGAACAUUACGUGUAUUUCAUUAAAAAAGGUACAUAUUAAAAGAAUCUUGUUAGUUUCUCCUUUUUAACGAGCUCAAAUCGAUGCAUAAAACUAAGGUGACGUGCACGUGUCAACUGACCCUUGGGUCAAUUAGCGGUUGUUUGGGGCAAAAUAACCUCAAAAUAAUCAAUCUAUUUUACAAGCGUUCGCAAGAACACCAGACUAACUUUCAGAUAAUGUUGAACUACUAUAUCUCAUUAGGUAGUAAGCGGGAUUUGGGGUGAUUUGGAGAAUUCCCCCAUAUAGAAAAUUCGAUUUUGUUUUUAGCGGUAAAUUGUUGUAUUUAUAAGCAUUAUGCAAAUUACGUUUCAAAAUUGUGCUCGUUCGUCGAUAUUUUAUUCUCUAAAUCUAAAAAAUGUGCUGUUUAGAAAUUGUUAGAUAUCUGUUUUUUGAGAUUUAAGUGGAAGAUUGCCAAUAUAUUCGCUCGUUUAUGAAAGUCAGCUCAUUUCUGUCGCUAGGCUAUAUUGCCGUGUUCGGCGGCUAAUUUUAGGCCCGCAGGCCGUUGAAAUCGAAAAUCUCAAAUAAUUCCCAAAUUCGGUCGCAUUUUGAAAUUUAAACCUCAGCAGUGUUAAAAAUUCAUUAAAACCUUAUUACAGACUUAAAAUGAGGGUAGGUUAGGUUUUGAGCUGUGGCCACGGUUUGCUCGAUUUUUCUGUGCAUUCGCUCUUAAAUUCUGACUCUUCCAAAUUUACAUGGAGACGGAAGAAGCCUGAAAUCCACUGUAGACUUGAUUUCUUUCUAAUUAAUCAAUGCACUUUCUGUAAUAUUAUUAAUGCAGAGAUAUUAGGCUACAAAACAGAUCAUUCUAUGAUCACCUUACAAAUUUCUUUACACUCUAACACUAGAGGCCGAGGUUUUUGGAAACUAAAUACC